AUGAUAAAAUAUUAUCAAAAAAAUAUUUUUAUUAUACUACUUGCUGUAAAUUUUUUUUCAAUUAUUAUUAAUGCAUUUCCUGAGUGUUGUAAAAGAAAUGUUAAUGCUGAUAUAUGUCAAGGAUUUGACAAGCUGUCACCAGAAGAACAAGCUUCUCUUUCAGCUGUAGGUGUUCUUGAUGAUCAAUGUCAAUUAAUUACUCAUACGAUACCUGACAAACGUAAACCUAAUUUUAUAAGAUAUGGUAGAAGUUUAAGUAAUAUGCAACAAUCAUUAGAUAAGAAAGCUGCUGAUCCUAAUUUUUUAAGAUUUGGUAGAUCAGAACAUCAAAAUUUUUUAAGAUUUGGUCGUAAUUUGGGAGGUAAUAAUGCUAAUUUUUUAAGAUUUGGCAAAAGUAAUUCACCUGAUUUUUUACGAUUUGGAAAAAGAAAUAUGGAAUCUGAUAAAGAACCAAAUUUUUUAAGAUUUGGUAAAAGAGAUAGUUUUCUUGGAUAUGGUAAGAAUGCCGUUGAGGAACAAUUUAAUCGUGAAUAUAGAAAACCAAAUUUCUUACGUUUUGGUAAAAGAUCUACAACAAAUACUAACUUUUUACGUUUUGGACGUUCACCAGCAGCCGUUCUUUUUGAGGAUGUUUUUGAACGUAAUUACCGUUUACAACCAGAUUUUUUACGAUUUGGAAAAUAA